AUGAUCUUUUCGUUUGAAGACUCCGGUCGCAUCCCUCCCACUGCUUUCUUCUAUUACGUAUCCCCAGGUGUGUGUCUGAGUCUUUCUUAUCUAUUCAUGUUAUUAGUUUAUAAGAUUUCAGACAUGAUCUUGAAAUUCAUCGAUUUAUGUUACAUGUUUAUCAUAGAUUUAUACUUCAUUAUGAACUCAGGCAACAACAUUCUGGUGAUGUGUGAUGCUUACACGCCGGCUGGGAAUCCAAUUCCAACCAACAAGAGGUACAACGCUGCUAAGAUCUUCAGCAACUCCAAAGUUGUCUCUGAGGAGCCUUGGUAUGGGAUUGAGGAAGAAUACACAUUGAUGCAAAAGGGUGUGAACUGGCCUAUUGGUGGCUUCCCUGGCCCACAGGGACCAUACUACUGUGGUGUGGGAGCUGACAAAGCAAUUGGUCGUGACAUCAUGGAUGCACACUACAAGGCAUGUCUUUACGCAGGUAUUGGCAUCUCUGGUGUCAAUGGAGAAGUCACGCUUGGACAGUGGGAGUUCCAGGUCGGUCCGGUUGAGGGUAUUAGUACUGGUGAUCAAGUCUGGGUCGCUAGAUACCUUCUCGAGAGGAUCACUGAGAUCUCUGGUGUAAAUUUCAGCUUCGACCCAAAACCAGUCCCGGGUGGAACAACGGAGGAUUAGCAGUGAUAAAGAACACGAUAGAGAAGCUUCAGGUGAAGCACAAGGAGAACAUUGCUGCGUACGGUGAAGGCAACGAGUGUCGUCUCACGGGGAAGCACGAGACCGCAUACAUCAACAUGUUUUCUUGGGGAGUGGCGAACCGUGGAGCUUCGGUGAGAGUGGAACAACGGAGGAUUAGCAGUGAUAAAUAACACGAUAGAGAAGCUUCAGGUGAAGCACAAGGAGAACAUUGCUGCGUACGGUGAAGGCAACGAGCGUCGUCUCACGGGGAAGCGCGAGACCACAUACAUCAACACGUUUUCUUGGGGAGUGGCGACCCGUGGAGCUUCGGUGAGAGUGGGACGAGACACUGAGAAGGAAGGCAAAGGUUACUUCGAAGACAGAAGGCCAGCUUCUAACAUGGAUCCUUAUGUCGUUACGUCCAUGAUCGCUGAAACCACCAUCCUCGGUUAAUCAAUCAUGCACGUUUUAAUGUUUUGGUUUUCUCCGGUCUGAUUUUCAAUUUGUGAACUUAUGUGCUUGUCAUUGCGGUGUAUUUAGGUUUAAAUAAUUCUUAUGACGACA